CAAUGGCUUCCAUGAAAGCAUUCUGGAAAUGAAUAUGCCGGACUAUUCACCUCCUGGAUGGAUCUCUGGAACGCGAACCUAGAUGGAUCAUUUUCAGGGAAAAUUAGUAUCUUGAAAACUCAGGAGAUUGACUGAUUCCUUGCAAUUCAAACGUGUCUGUUUUCUCACAUUUUUUGAAGAGCUGUAUGAAAUCUCCGAUGCCAUGGCAGAUGCAGAAGUAGGAAACCACACUUUGGUCACUGAAUUUAUCCUCCUGGGAUUUGAAAUUCUUCCAGAGUUACAAAUACUUCUCUUCCUGUUGUUUUUCAUACUCUACAUUGCAACCAUGGCUGGGAACGUCCUCAUCAUUGUGCUCAUCAUAGCUGGUCAGCAUCUGCACACCCCCAUGUACUUCUUCCUGGCGAACUUGUCCUGCUUGGAGACCUGCUAUACCUGCACCCUCCUGCCCAAGAUGCUGGCAAACUUCCUCACUGGAGACAGAACAAUUUCAUUCUCUGGAUGCUUCAUCCAAUUUUUUUUCUUUGGUAUCUUGAUAGUUACAGAGUGUUGUCUCUUAUCCGUGAUGUCUUAUGAUCGGUACUUGGCCAUAUGUAAACCACUGCAUUAUGCAGCCCUUAUGAGUGAGAGAUUUUGUUCCAGCCUUGCUGCUGGCUCAUGGAUCAGUGGAUUUAUAGUUGCCUCCAUUAUAAAUCUCUUAUUGUUACAAUUAACCUUCUGUGGGCCCAAUCAAGUUGACCAUUUCUUUUGUGACUACAUUCCAUUGAUUAAACUCUCCUGCAGUGACACUUAUGAGAUUGAUCUUACAGUUUUUAGAAAUCGAACUUCUGUCACCGAAUUUAUCCUCCUGGGAUUUGAAAUUCUUCCAGAGUUUCAAAUACUGCUCUUCAUCCUUGUUCUUAUAUUCUACAUUGCAACUGUGGCUGGGAAUGUCCUCAUCAUUGUGCUCAUCAUAGCUGUUCAGCAUCUGCACACCCCCAUGUACAUCUUCCUGGGGAACUUGUCCUGCUUGGAGACCUGCUAUACCUGCACCCUCCUGCCCAGGAUGCUGGCCAGCUUCCUCACUGGAGACAGAGCUAUUUCAUUCUCUGGCUGCUUCAUCCAAUUAUUUUUCUUUGGUAUCUUGAUAGUUACAGAAUGGUGUCUGUUAUCCGUGAUGGCAUAUGAUCGGUACUUAGCCAUAUGUAAACCAUUGCAUUAUGCAGCCCUUAUGACUGACCGAUUUUGUUUCACCCUUGCAGCUGGCUCAUGGAUCAGUGGAUUUAUAGUUGUCACCAUUGGGUAUCUCUUCCUCUUGCAAUUAACCUUCUGUGGACCCAAUCAAAUUGAACAUUUUUUUUGUGAUUUUCUUGAAGUGAUUAAACUCUCCUGCAGUGACACCUAUGAGAUUGAACUUGUAGCUUUCAGUUUUGACUGUAUAUUCCUCUUACCUCCAUUCCUUUUGACUCUCAUGUCCUAUGUUUGGAUUAUCAGGACCAUAAUGAGAAUCCCUUCCACUACUGGGAGACAAAAGGCCUUCUCCACCUGUUCCUCUCAUAUUAUUGUGGUGACCAUAUUUUAUGGGUCCAUAACUAUAGUCUAUAUGUCCCCAACAUCCAACACCCUAACAGCACUGAACAAAAUAUUCUCUCUUUCCUACACUGUGCUGACGCCAUUGGUAAACCCUCUCAUUUACAGCCUGAGAAACAAGGAAGUAAAGGAGGCUGUAAGGAAAGUUGUCUGCAUGUUUCUGAACUGGAAAAGAAUGCAACCAUUCCUGAACUCUAUUAGCAGGUUAAACAAAAUUGGACACAACAGGAAUCCAAGCUGUUGA